AUGACUAGAGACUCUUCCCGAGAUGGAGAGCGCAUCAUUUUAACAACAUACCCCGGCCAAAGUGUUGUCAACCCGGUACCUUUAGAAUGGGGCAAGAUGAACCCCGAGGAGCGAGGGCCUGUUUUGGUUUCGCGGAAUAAGAAGACUAUCACCCACCGAAACGCCAUCGGAGCGCAUGGUGGAAGCUACUCAAUCUAUAAUGCAUUGGCCAUUGCCGCAGGCGAUCUUCCUCCAGAUUUCAAGCCUAGCUUCGAGAACACCCAGCCUAUCUUUAACUUUCCACCGCAGGCCGCCUGGGGAGAUAAGACGAAGAUUGUCGCCAUGGACCCCUAUGGUCACGACACAGUGAAGCAUUUCAAGAAGCACCUCGAUGAUGGUCUAGACGUGCGCCCAACUAUCGCCGUGACGCGAGCCACAAUGCGUCUAGCCGAGAUCACUGACUCUAUCCGAGAAGGCCGAUUGCAGGUUGAUGGCGACAUUGUCAUCAGCAAGGAAGGCGAUGUUCGCGUAACGAAAGCAGCAGUGGAGCCUGUGUGGUAUCUUCCCGGAGUAGCUGAGAGAUUCGGAAUCGACGAAGGCACCCUCCGUCGCACACUCUUCGAGCAGUGCGGAGGAAGUUUCCCUGAAUUGAUCACUCGACCGGACAUCAAAGUCUUUCUACCUCCGAUUGGUGGUCUUACUGUUUAUAUCUUCGGUGCUCCUGAGAAGGUCUCAGAUCCAAAUGUGAAGCUCGCUCUUCGUAUCCACGAUGAGUGUAACGGAUCAGAUGUUUUCCAAUCCGAUAUUUGCACAUGUCGGCCUUACCUCGCCUUUGGUAUUGAAGAAGCCAUCAAGGAGGCUCAGAAUGGCGGAUCUGGUGUUGCCAUCUAUUUCCGGAAGGAAGGACGUGCUCUUGGCGAAGUCGUCAAGUAUUUGGUUUACAACGCACGCAAACGUGGCGGCGAUACGGCCGACAAGUACUUUGCCCGUACUGAGAAUAUUGCGGGUGUAAGAGAUAUGCGCUUCCAAGCUCUGAUGCCCGAUAUUCUUCACUGGCUGGGCAUCAAGAAGAUCGACCGCAUGCUUUCCAUGUCCAAUAUGAAGCACGAUGCAAUUGUUGACUCAGGAAUUCCCAUCUUGGAGAGAAUUCCUAUUCCGGAUCAUAUGAUUCCCUCCGAUUCUCGGGUUGAGAUCGAUGCUAAGAUUAAUGCUGGUUAUUUCACCACCGGCAAGAAGUACACUGAUGAGGAACUUGCGCAGGUGAAAGGUCGGGGAUGGCAAAACUGGGAAGAUGUUGAACAUUAA